GUUAGCGUUUAGUGUGAUGCUAAUGUAAACAUUGCAUAUUCAUUCUUCCGUCAACUGUUGUAAUAGACAGAUGGAUUCUCCGGACAGGGAUAACUUCUUUGAUAAAUUUGUUGAUAGGAAAAAGAUUUUUGAUAAGCAAGAUUGCGUACAGUGCUUUCAACACUUUGACGUAGACAGAGAUGGCUUCUUGAAUAAGAAUGAGUUUCACUUGUUAGUGUCAGAUGUUUUCUGUGAUGGAUCACAGUCAUACAAAUUGACAGAGGAACAGGAGAGGGAGCUGCUGACCCUUCUGGACCAAGAUCAGGAUGGACAGAUUAGUAAAGCUGAGUUCCUAGGAAACUGUUAUUACUGGCUAAAACAAGUUCUGCAGCCCAGCUCAGCUUUAAUUGUUGUGGAUGUACAGAAUGACUUUUUGGAUGGAAACCUUGCACUUCGUAACUGCCCUGCGGGUCAGGAUGGGUUAGGAGUCAUUCCGGCCAUUAAUUCUGUCCUUGACACAGUGAACUUUGAACUUGUAGUGUACACCAGAGAUUGGCACCCAGCAGAUCACAUCUCAUUUGCAGAAAACAAACACGUCAGACCAUUCCAUUCUACAAGCCAAAUUUCUCAGAAAGAAGCCAAAGUUUGUGACACGGUGAUAUUUGAGGGACCUCCAGUUACUGAGCAAAUACUAUGGCCAACUCAUUGUGUUCAGGGAAGCUGGGGAGCUGAAAUUCACACGGAUCUCAAGGUCCCAGACAAUAGUAUUUUUGUAGACAAAGGCAAGAAUCCUGAUGUAGACAGUUACUCGGCGUUCUGGGAUAACAACAAACAGUCACAGACAGAACUGGUCCAAAUCCUCUCCAAGAGCAACAUCACAGAUGUUUAUGUCUGUGGGGUAGCUUAUGAUGUGUGUGUAGGUUUUACUGGCUUAGACGCUAUAGACCAUGGGUUUAGGGUGGUCGCCUUGGAUGAUGCUUGCCGUGGUGUAGACUUAAAGAAAAUAGAUGAAAUGAAGAAAAACCUCCAAGACAAAGGGGCCAUUGUUGUUAAUACGUGUAAGGUGAAGGACAUUGUAGAAGGGUCUGAUCGUCCUCCAAAGCUUGGGAUUCAGACGGCCAGGAACGUCGCUCUCGCACGGACAUUAGUUAAUAACAAUAAGGUUAUCCCAACAUAAUUUUCCCUCUUCCAGUUCAACAUUUAAAGUUUAUAUAAAUCACAUCUUGCAUCAUAAGCUUGUAUACAAGUUCAGUGCUUGACUUUAACUUGUGUGGCUUUGCAAGGUUUAAGGACAUUCAUUGAAUUUUUUUUCUCUCUCUACUAUUUUUUCUCAUUAUAUCAACAGAAAAAUAAGAUACAAUAAAGUACAUGUAUCAGAGUUUAAUUUUUAAAAAAAAUGAAUCUUAAAUCUGGUGAAAUAAGAGUUAAGCCAUGAUUUAGGAUUUUUCCCUGAUGCCUGACCCUGAGGGGGUUCAACCCAUUCAAUGAGAUCAAUUUCCAAGUUCACACCUUAAUCAAAUUGCAUCGAUAUUACAAAAGGUGGGAACACCUUUCAUAAUUUUGGUGCAAGAAUUAAUAUUUUUUCCAGUAUUUUUUUGUCCUACAAGUUUUGAGACGAGAUAUUUGUUUCUCUGUCAAAGUGAAAGUCACAUACAUGUACUAAAUGUUUAAGUUUUUAAUAUGCACUUUUUUUUAAAAUUCUGUUAUUCACCAAAAAUCCUUGCACAGUUCUUGAAAGUAAAGCACUGCAUUUGAAUGGAAUUUCUAGUCACAAACUGUCUUAAUCUCUCAGAGGACAUUUUUGUAUUGUUUAUUUUUUAUGAAUGUUUUUACAGUUACAAGAUUAUUGUAAAAUGUUAAAUACUUGGUUGUUUGCUGUGGUUUUCUUUUUACAUCCUUUAACUGAUUCAUAAAAUUUUAUUUUUCAUCAUACACAUUUGUUAAAUGUUUUAGAAUAUAUACAUAUGUCCAUGUAUGUAAUAUUUUGCUAUCUUUGUCUCUGUAUAUAUAUACAUAUAUAUGUAUAUAGCAGCUACAUUUUAAAAGAUGUGAUUGUAUGAAAGUGUGAUGUUAUUGAAUGACAGAAAAAUAGAGGAUGAACAAAAGCAUACCCUUUUUCAUAUCACACCCCAUGAUGCCAAUAUUGACCUGAGGGCUGAAGAAUUGAUAUUAAGUGUGAUAGGAGAAACAGUAUGUUUUAUUAUGUUUUUUACAUACUUAGUAAUAACUUACACAAUAAAUAAACUAACAGAUUAUAUCUAUAUUUCAUCUAAAAAUUUAAUUGGUGUGAAACAUCAAAUUUACAUUUUCAGUUAAACUUGACACAUGAAAGGUUCAGAUAUACAUGUAUAUUUAAAUUUCAAUUAAUGUAAAUGAAUAAAGAAGCAGAAAUUCUGGAAGUGGUGCAUUUUGGUUUGACUAAGGGCUAUUGUGACAUCACUAGUAUUCCAAAUGCAGAAAGCAUGUAUUUAUUACUAAGUAUAUAUUAAACAUGACAUGAAAACAUGUCCGUAGACAAGUAAUAAUUACUUUAUUAGUGGAAUUUAAGCCCAGUGAUGAAGUCAGCUUUUCUGUCAGUCCGUCACACUCUGUGUCAAUCGAUAUCUUGAGUAGAUUUAAACACAGUUGUCAUAUUUUGCAUUGGAGUAUCUGAUGGAUAGAGAAAGACACCUAUAUAUUGUGUGGUUUAAGGUUGUAUCGCACAGAAAAGUACCGGUACUAGUCCCAACUAUUUGCAUUGAGCUGGACCCUAGUUUACUUUAUCAGUUUUGUACAAUGUAAUUCAAAAAUGGAAAUGAGGCCAAAGUGUAUUGUAUUAUCAAAUCAUAUUAUAAAGGAUGUUGUUUAUUUAUUGGAAUUUUAUCUGUAAUUAUUACCAAUAAAUACCAUGAUCUGACACUUAGAAUACUCACAUUGUCCUGUAAAAUCACAAAUUUUUUGGGGUUUAAUUUUCAAUGUUUUCAUACCCACAGAUUUAAAUUCUCAUAGUUAUGUUUGUUUUUCUCAGUGUGCAAAAUUUUGACCCCCAUGCAAAUGAGGGAUUUUACAGUACAAUUAUAGUUAUUAAAAUUGUUAUAUGUUAUUGGCUGGAUUGCAAAGCUAGACUAUGAAUUGAAAAUUCCAUUCCAUUCUGGCAAUAGAUGUCAAAUGUUUUCAUAUUAGCUUUUGCAUUUAGCUUUGCUAUGGUUAUCUGUCUAGUGUGUCUGGUAUGCGAUAUGAUACCAGGAUUUAACAAGUAUGAUUAUUGGUAUACAAAUAGGUUGAUUUUUCUUUAAAUUAACCAAAUUUUGUUUCUUAUACAGAUGUAUUUACAAUGGAGUGAUCUUUGGGUUUUCUCUUUAUCUUAGCUUGUAUGAAACAUGUGACACAAUCAAUAAAUCAGGGGUUAUAGCUGUAUUUGAAACAGAAAGUUAUAGCAUUGACCAGGGGGUUGUAGCUGUAUUUGAAACAGAAAGUUAUCGCAUUGACCAGGGGGUUGUAGCUGUAUUUGAAACAGAAAGUUAUAGCAUUGACCAGGGGGUUGUAGCUGUAUUUGAAACAGAAAGUUAUCGCAUUGACCAGGGGGUUGUAGCUGUAUUUGAAACAGAAAGUUAUAGCAUUGACCAGGGGUUGUAGCUGUAUUUGAAACAGAAAGUUAUAGCAUUGACCAGGGGGUUGUAGCUGUAUUUGAAACAGAAAGUUAUCGCAUUGACCAGGGGUUGUAGCUGUAUUUGAAACAGAAAGUUAUAGCAUUGACCAGGGGGUUGUAGCUGUAUUUGAAACAAAGUUAUAGCAUUGACCAAAUAGUCACCACAAACUUCAGAGCCUUGCAGGUACAAGUACUAGCAUGUACCAAGAACAUCAUUAAAAAUGUGUUAUUUACAAAAUACAAUUUAUUCAACUUAUAUAAUCAGUUUUUCUUACAAUAUCAUGUAUAAUACCGGUAACUUUUGUAUCAGUUUUCAGCCUGAAACUUUACAUUUUUAUAAAUGUACAGAAAAUAUUACCUAUACUUGGCUUACCAACAGAUUAGUACUUAUACUUUAGAACAUGGAGAACAUUUGUGUAUUACAGACAGGGAAUCUGUUUUGUGUUUCACUACAUAUCCAUUCGCAAUAACCUUGAUUCACCUUGUCAAUUUUCUCUGGAUGCUGUGCAAUCCAGCCAUUUUCAAAAGUACAAAUUUUCUAGGCUUCUUGUUUGUUGUUGUUGUUUUUUAUAAUGUAAGCUUCAUGAAUACAGGUGUAGAAAAUCUUUUAAGUAACAGAAUUUUAAAUCACAUCUACAUUUUGAUGAUCCCAACCAAGUUUGCUAUAAAUGGGUUUCAGUAUAAAAUAGCUUUCAAAAUUCUUUGAGUUGAAUUUUAGAAUUACAUGUACUGGUACAUUGUUUCAGCAUUUUUGCACUGUAUUUCAAGUUUUCAGAAAUAGUAAGGGUGAUCAUAAUUAUGUUUCUGACCUACAUCUACGUAGGUAUGCCCUGUUUAAAGUCUGAAUGGUCUAGAAUUAAAUCUGGUUGAUACCCAGAUCAUAGUGAAAGGAAUUAUGCUGCAGCUUGUAAUUUUCUAAUGAAUAAAUUAAUGAAGAUUUAGGGAUUUAAUGCAGAAACUACCAGUAGAUUUAUUAGAAAACAAUUGUUUAAGUUUCUCUAUUAUUUCUCCCUUCUUCCAGGGGGAGAUAUAUUGUUUUUGUACUUCCUGUCCAUCUGUGUCUCACAAAAGUUUGUGAAUGCUUCUCCUGUGUGGUUGAUCAGAUUGGCUUGACUCUGUGUACAAUGCUUCAUUGCCAUUUUUAGAUGUGCAUAUUGUUGGGCUUGAGUAUCCAAUUAUUUUCCUAAAGUUCUAGUGGAUCUAAGAGAAGUGCAUGGAAGAUGUAAAAUAGCUUGUGAACAAUCUCCUCCUACAGUAAGGUAUAUGGCUUAUCUUGAUGUUCACAUUGUUUCAACCCAGGAAUCUAAUAUAAUAGCUUAAUAUUGGUGACAUGGAUGUUGAAUCUUUUCUCCGUCUUUUUCUUCAAUGCACAAAGUGCAGUUCAUAAUGUCUAUCUAUGUUCAUGCUCAUGCUUUCUCCUCCAUACCAUGCAGUACAUUAAGGGGGGUUGGGUUGUAAUUUGGAGCACUUUCACCACAAUUUGGGGAGCUGGGGAGACAUUUGUAUUUUAACAAAAUCAAAUUAUAUUUUUUCUUAUGAUUAUAUACCUUAUGAAAAGUAAGCAAGCAUAUAUCUUCGAAUUGACUGAAAUAAUCACCUCCAACAGCUCAGUCGUUUGUUGGUCACAGCUCGGACUGAUUUAUGGUUGACUGAUACAGGUGUUGUAACAGUUGUGUAUGAUGUAUGUUUCACAUUUCAUUUACAUUUCCAAUCAGUCAUUGCUAUGUGUUCUUUAAAUCUGAAAUAAAUGUAUUAUAUACUGUU